AUGGACAACUACAUCAAUUGCGACGUCGGAGACCCGAGUGCGCUCCUGCGGGAUGAUGACGCCAGCGAAAAGAGCAUGAAGCAGUUUCUCCAGGAAAAUGGAAUCAUACAAAAGUACGACAAAGAAGGAAAUACAAAGGGAGUGCACUCAGACAUAGGUGAAGUGUCAUCGUACAAACAGGCAAGGAAUACAUUAGUACACAAAAACAUAACUGUGAAAAUUCACAACAUAAUAGCCUCAGCUAAUCUUUCUGUAGAGAUUGACUUACGCCUAGUGGCUAUAUCCAUACGAAAUGCAGAAUAUAAUCCAAGUAAAAUAAACACACUUAUUGUAAGACUGAACAAACCCAAGUGUACUGUUCUCAUUUUUAAGAGUGGGAGACUCAUGCUAACCGGUACGAAGACUAAGGGGGAUGCCAUUUAUGCUUGUAAAAAAAUUGGCAAGAUAAUUAGGCUUGUAACAAAUGAGAGCGUAAAGCUGGAAGGGUUUAAUAUAGAAAAUAUCAUCGCUAGUGCUGACUGUAACAUGCCAAUACGGUUGGAAAUGCUGGCACAUGAUCAUAAGGACUACUGCAAUUACGAGCCGGAGUUAUUUGCUGGACUCGUGUACAGGUAUAAGCCAACGUCCAAACUGAAGUCUGUUAUUUUGAUUUUCGUUUCUGGCAAGAUUAUCAUCACGGGGUGCAAAUCUGUUCAGAAGCUCUACACGGUGUUCGAUGAUAUUUACAAUGUACUCCUUCA